AUUAUUAGGCGGUACCAACAAGUUCUGUGUAAACGUGUCUAUUUACUAAACUGACAAUGAAAGUCAAAGAGUUGGAGAAGUUUGCUCAUUCGGCCUGGUCACCUCUUUCAUGCAAUCGUACUUAUUUGGCAACUGUCACCGCAGAAAAUGAUCGCGAGGCAACUGACUCAAAUAUAAAUACUAGCAUGACUUCUCCAACAUUAGAUAUUUAUGAAUUCAAUGUUAAAGAAAAUAAUCUGUCUAUGCAAAUGAAUAUUAGUUUACAAAUUAAACAAAAAGCCACAAGUUUAUUAUGGACAGCACCUAUUAAUAAUGAUCAUUUAGACAUUGGUUUACUUAUAAUUGGUUCAAUGUCAGGUAGUUUAUAUUUAUAUGAUAGUCAAAAACUAAUAUCUAUGAGUCAAAAUAGAACAUCUUCACAGAUUACUACUAAUACUAUUCAUAAACCAUAUCAUAUUAAUACCAUCGAUACUAUUAUUGAGAAUAAUGAAAAUGAUAAUUCUAUAAUGUCAUCUUGUCAACAAUUAUCAUCUAUUUAUAUUACUGAAAAUAAUAUGUCAAAUUAUCUGUAUACAUCACGUGAAAAUAUUCAUAAUAAUGUUGUAAGAAGUUUGGAUUUCAAUCGAUUUCAAACAAAUCUUUUUGCUUCAGCAUCAAACGAUGAAGAAAUAUUUAUUUGGGAUGUUGGAAAAAUGGAACAUCCAAUGUCGCCUGGUUCAAAAAUACAACCUUUAGAAAAUGUAAAUCAAGUUGCAUGGAAUCCGCGUGUUCAACACAUAUUAUGCUCAACUAGCAUUGGUCGUUGUGUUAUAUGGGAUUUACGUAAAAGUGGACCAGUUUUACAACUUACUAAAACAAUGUGUCAAUUAGAACCACAAAUGAUGGCAUGGAGUCCGGAUGUUGCAACUCGUUUGUGUAUAGCUGAUCCAAAUAAUCCAAAUGCUAAUGUUCAGUUAUGGGAUCUUCGUUAUCCAAAACAUAUGCUUUGUUUAUUAAGUCAUUGGCCACCAUUAUUAUCAUCUAAUUUGAAAACAACUAACCCAUUAAAUAAUUAUGCAUUAGGGAAUGCAGGUACAGUAAAUUCAUUAUGUUGGGGUAUACCAGAAUGUCAAAAAUCAAUGAAUAAAUCAAAUUUCUACGAUAAAGAUAUGAUUGUUAUGACAAUUGGUGCUUCUGGUGCAUUACCAACAUUAAACGGUAAUUAUGGUACAAAAUUAAAUCCAACUUAUGCUGAAAUGUUGGUUGUUUGGAGUGUUAAUCAAGCAUUAAACUCUACACCGGAUAAUGUAACAUGUCAAGAAGCUAUACCGGAACCAAUAUUUAUUGGUCGUUUAGAAGGUUUAGAUGAUCAAGAAUUAGUUAAUCCAUUAUUAUGUUUUAAUACAUUACCAACAAAUGCUUCUAUUCAAUGGAUACCAAAUCAUCCUAAUUUAAUAUGUGUUACACAAUCAGAUGGUUGGAUAACAGUAUAUAAUUUAUUAAGUGGUAUCAAUAAACAAAUUGAACAAAUAAACAUUGAACGAUAUAAUAAACAAUGUAUAUUAGCUAGAAAUUCAUUAAAUUUACGUAAUUCACAUAAAGUAGCUGAAGUAUUUCAUAAUGAACAAUUAUUAAUGGAUUAUAAUAAUACUGAUAAUACUGAUAAUAAUAAUAAUAAUAAUGAUAAUCUUCAAUCAGAUUCAUUAUAUCCUGUAUUUAUGAAUGAUCCGAAUGUGAAUAGUAUUGAUAAAGAACAAAUCAAUUCAGGAUCAGAUCAGUUAUUAUUAGAUAAUCCUAAUUCUAUGGAUUCAGUAAAUCUUUCAUUACUUCAACCUAUGCCAUUAUUACGUGUUGCACCAUGUUGGUUGAAGAGACCCUGUGGUGUCCAUUUUGCUUUUGGUGGAAGACUUGUCACUUUUUCAUCUUUAACAAAUCUUCAAUCAAAACGUACUCGUACAAAUAGUUCAAUGAGUAAUUCAAAACGAACUGAUCCAAAUAGCCGAUCAUCAGAUAUAGGAAGUAUUGAACAAAAUUCAACAGUAGGAACAGUACCUGAUCAAAAUCAUUUAAAUUCUACAGAAGUUCAAUCAUAUUAUGUUUUUAUUAAAUGCAUUGAUGCAUUUCAACUGGAACCAUCAUCAUCGCCAACAGUACAACUACAUUCUUCUGUUAAUAGCAAUACUAAUGGAUCAGAUGAUCAGUGGAAGAAUUCUAUACAAGAUAUAAUCGAAUGUUUGAUUAGUGUACUUGAUUGUCCCAAUGAUUAUUUAAGUACAGUUUGUGAAAAUGCUAAAGCUUUAUUCAAACCGAUGCUUAGUAGUAAUAAUAAUAAUCCGGCGCUAACAAAUGAUCAAGGUCAUUUGGAUUUAUGGAAUGUAAUUCAAGCUCGUUUAGAUAAAUCAACUCCAGUAAAAUCAUCAUUGUCCAAUUUGUUAGGCUACAGUAAACAGGAUUUUCAAGGUUUCAAUGAGUCUACACCUUCUCAAUUGUUGAAUGCGUUGAAAUAUGCUCUAGUUACUAAUGAUAUUCAAACAAUUAUUCAAUUAUGUUUACAUCCAAAAUUCUCAUCAUUAUCUCUGCCAAAUCUUUCUACAUUAAGUAUUUUCGCUAUUAUGUUAACUGAUUUACAUCGUUCAAAGCAAAUAGAAUUAUAUGAAGAUGUAAAAUUGAAAUUAUAUCAGUCUUUAAAUGAAAUCUCAUUGAAUAAUCAUAUUAUUCAUGAUCCAAUUUUAAAUUCUAUCAUAAUGUUAUUUAAUUGUGUACUAUUACAUACUAAUUGGUUAAAUAUUAUUGAAAAUUGGCCAUUAUCAGAUUGGAAAACUAUAUUAACAGCAUUGAUUAAUCAUUUAUGGGAUCAAGAUAUUGAAUUAUUGAGAAAGUUAUGCUCGAUUUUCGCUAAACGUCUACUUGAUAAUACAACUAACGAUAAUAAUAAUACUAAUAUUACUUCAUUUGAGUCUGGAUUAGCUGCAUGUAUCUGUUGUAUUAUUGGUGAUGAUCUUGAUCAUUUAACAGAAUGUUGGUUACGUUUAAAUAAUAUAAAUGAAAAUCAUUCGGAUGAUGUAAUAAAAUGUUUGCCAUUAGCAUUACUACUACUCUUCUUAUUUCGUUUAUCAUCAUCUACUGGAAUUAAUCAUUGUACAAAUAAAUCAAGUCAAUUAUUAAUUCAUCUUGCUAUAUGGUUAAUUGAAACUAGAUUUGAUCAUCAUCAUAAUAAUAAUGAUAAUAAUGGAUCAAAUGAACAGAUUAGUUUACUUGCAUUAAAUUUAUUAACAAAAACUUUAUCAAUUGUUGAAUUAUAUUCACAAACAAUGAAUAAUUUAAUUGAUUUAAGACAUCGUAUUUGGUGUAAUCUAAGCAUGGAACAACAACAACAACAAAAACAACAAAUAUUAUCCAAUGAAUUAUCUCAACAAUUUUUAUGCCCAUAUCCGCAUAUACAAUGUCAUUGUGGUCUAUCAAAGGCUAAUUCAUCCACAGAAAUACAAUCAUCUUUAUUUAUUAAAACAACUAAUACUAAUCAUUAUCAACCACAACAGCCAGUAAAUUAUCCAUCUUUAUCUAAUCAAACAAUGCAAUGCACAUAUCAGUCAAAAAUAAAUCAAAAUCAAUUUUAUGAACAAAAAAAUCUUGAUAGUUUCAAUUAUCCAACUUUUUCUUCAUCUUCUACUAAUUGUUUGUCGUUUAAUGAUAGUGUUGUUGGUGUACAGACCAGUAUAUCUGGACAAAAUAAAUCUACAUUCAACUUUUCUCCGCCUAUAUCAUCACAUAAUGCCGAUGUACUGCCAUCACUUACUUCUCCUGUUCCAUCCACAAUAAUAUCAUCCUCCUCCUCCUCCUCCUCAAAUAUUUACUCUCCACUGGGUUUGCCACCUGUAAAUUCAAUAAAUCAAUCGAAUCUAUCAUCGGCUAGACAAUUUCCACCUGUUGUCGCACCACCUCUGCUAGAUGCCAAUUAUAACAACAAUAAUAAUAAUAGAAACUAUCCUGUAAUGAACCAUCAUUAUGUACAACCUCCAAAUAAUAAUCUAUUAGGAACAGAUUCAGUUUCUGGAAAUAGUAUGUCGAAUGUACUAAAGCCACCAUUGCCUGCAACACCAGCAUCACCAACACAAUCAGCCCAAAUGAGUACAACCUUUGGGCAUAACUUUGGUGGAACAAUGCCUCCUAGUUUUCAAUCAUUAAACAAGGUGCCUUAUGGUAUGCUAACACCUAUUCCUCAGUUCAACACCCAACAACAACAGGAACACAUUCAACAACAUAUGCCACCGCUACUACCAGCACCAAUGUCGAUACCACCACCACCACCACCAACACAAACACAACAUCAAUCAUCAGUGAUAUCACCAGGUUGGAAUGAUCCGCCUAUCUUAACAACUGAUAAACCACGUCAGACAACUGUUUCACACAACCCUUAUUAUAAUCCUAUGGAAUUUAUUAGUUCACCUUUGCCUCAACCGAAUAAUUCCGUAUCACCUUCGAAUUUUCCUCAACCAAUGAUGGAACUACACACUACUCCUUCAAAUCCUCCUUUACCACCAGGUUGUCCUGCUACUGGAUUAAAUGUAUAUCAACCUGCGCCACCACCAAUUCAAAAUUCUAUCUCACCUAUAAAUGCUGGUAUAAUUCAUCCUCAGCAGCAACUACAGCAGCCCUUGCCACUGUCAUCAACACAUACUCAACAGCAAUCAUUAUCAUCAUCAUUCAUGGGACCGCCUGUUCAACAGCCAUCGUAUCCACAAGUACAAGGAGUAUAUCAUCAACAAGAACAGUACCCAAAUUAUUUCCAACCACCGAUUGAACAAAAUUCUCAGUUUUGCACUAUAUCGUCAACACUACCACCUAUGUCAUCAGUUGUUCCACCGAAUUCCUACACCGAACUUAAUCUUUGGCCUGCAGCUCAACCUUUAUCUACUACCGUUAAAUCUGGGAUUACCAGUCAAACUAUUAUUGAAAAUGCUAUGCCAUCGAAUUCUUUCACUUCUUCGAAUGAUGACCAUACUGAUUUACAAUUAUCACAUAAGUUAGAUUCUAUAAGUUUAAACUCUGAUCACAAUAAUGUUAAUGAUUAUUCAUUGCCAACAGAAUUUCAGCCCAUAAAAAAAGUGUUAUUUGACUUAAUUGAAAAUUGUCGUAAGGUUGGCGACAAACAAACUCAUCAUAAAUUAAUGAAUGUUGAAUAUUGUUUAAAUCAAUUCUAUAAUAAUAUAUCUACUGGUCAAUUACAAUUAGAUCACAAUUCUAUGGAAUAUUUACAAUUUUGUAUUUCAUCUAUUCAAUCUAAUGAUUAUGUUAAUGCAUUAAAACAAAUAAAUUUAUUUAUACAAUCUGCUAUAGAAUUAUCAGAUAUUCAAUAUUAUGGACCAGCAUUAAAAAGAUUAAUUCAAACUGCUAAACAAUUAUCUAUUAAUAUGAAUAAUAUUAAUCAUUGAUAAACAUAUGGAUCAUAUUGAUGAUGAUGAAGAUAAGAAUUCAACAGUGUCUAACUGUUCUAAUCUAAACAUCUAUUGAAGGAUUAGAGUGAGUUUUCUGUUGUUGUUGUUGUUAAUGGUUUAAAACUAUAUUAGUACAGUAUAAUCAUUCAUUUGGCAAUUAGAUCUUUUUGUCUUUCCUUUCCUUUCGUUUUCUUUUUUUCCUUAUUAUUUAUUAUUCAAUAUUUUUCGUCGUAGAAAAUUCACUGUCAGUGGUUGAAUUCAGUGUAUACUCAUUGAAUGUAAGCGAUGAAGGUGGGUAGGGGGAAAGGGGGGGUCAUGCGUUAUAUGAUACUUUUAACUUUGUUAAUAUAUUAAUCAAAUGUCAUUAUGCUUACUAAUUAUGGGUGAUGAUAACUAUUAUGAUUGUUACUAUGCUAUUACUACUAUCAUAGGUAUAAGUAGUGCAUGUGUUUUUUAUGGUUUCUUUUUUUUUUUUACCGUACUUGUCUUUGCUUUUUUGUUUGCAAUUAUUCUGCUUAUCUGAGAUGUCUUUUAUUAAACACACAUUAAACUUUCAUGAUAAUAAUCUCUUGUUUUCUUAAUUCAUUUCCUUGUUAUAAUUUUUGUUAAAAUGUAAUAUGUAUUGAAUAUUUAAAUAAAAAAAAAACUAGUUGCAGCAUGGAUAUAUAUACAUCCCUUGACUGUCGUUUAUAUCUGUCGUAAUGGUCAGUCAGUCAUAAACAACGUAGAAUCUGGCCAAGUUGUCUCACUAUAUCUUACUUACUUUCUUGCUUACACUUGUUACUCCCAGUGAAGCAUAGGCUGCCGACCCGCAUUCUCCAACACACUCUGUCCUAGGCCUUCCUUUCUAGUUCUAUCCAGUUGUUGUUCAUUCUUCUCAUGUCUCUUUCCAUUUCUUAGCGUAAUGUAUUCUUUGAUCUUCCUCUUCUCCUUUGACCUUGAGGAUUCCAUGUGGGGGGGGCUUGCCUUGUGACGCAGUUUGGUAUUUGCUUUAAUGUGUAUCCUAUCCAGUUCCAGUGCUUCCUCUUGAUUUCUUCCUCCACUGGAAUCUGAUUUGUUCUCUCCCACAGUCUCACUUUAUUCUUCUUAUUAUUAUUGUUAUUAUUAUUAGCUUUGUUCAAUAUUAUAUUUUGGUACAAUAUAGAAUUCUCAGCACAGGGUAUUUCAACAGGUUUCUUACACAGAAAACAGAAACAAAGACAAAAAAAAGUUUUAAAAAAUCUGAAAAACUGUACAACUUUUAAAAUUAAAGUCAUGUUAAAAAUGCAGGUUAUUGGCUAGGUUAACUCUAACAACCUGUUCGUCACAGAGUAUAUUUGCUAGGUAAGGCACUAUAGAACUUUUAUAUAUUUGGUUGCGUGCAUGGAUUUUAAUGUAAUUACCUCUCGUUUUACCAGAAAAUAUACAAGGAGAAAGAUAAGAGUGAAGGGGAUGGUUAGUAUCUGAUAAAAUAACACCUGUCAGGAUUUUGCAUGACUUUAGAUGUCUAUCCACGUCCAUAUUAAUUUUGACCGCGAAAGAUUCACUACACAUCUUGCUAACUGCCUUCAUCACUCUCUGCAAUACAGCAAAGUCUUUCCUCAAAAGCCCGAGAAAAAAUAAUGGAGAAUAGUAAAGAAUAAUAGGUAAUAUGCAAGAAUUGACAAAUUGUAAGAGUAAAUGACGAGUAAUUCCAAAAGCAUGCAAUCUCUUUAUGUAGUAAGUCAGACGGAAAACCUUCUUUGAUAACGAUAAAACGUGGGAAGACCAAGAGAGAUCAGAGGAAAAGGUGACACCAAGAUAAUUGACCUUCGACACUGAGUUUAUCAAAGAGUCUCCGAUGGUACAAGCACUAUGGGAUCUCAAAAUAGUGUUUAUAUUCCGUUUAUGUCUCAUGCUAAAGUUAACACCUUGACAUUUAUACGGAUUAAGUAUAAGACCAUUACCAACAGAGCAACAAUCAAUGCGAGACAAAAACUCAUCCAUUUUUGUGGGAUGUAAAAAGGAAGGGAUAGGCAUACAUACAGUGAGAUCAACCGCAUAUUUCACAAAAGUGUUUUCUGUGGAAGAUGGCAGAUCAUGCAGAAAAAGAAAGAAAAGAAGAGGUGAAUGAACAUCUCCUUGUAGUACACCUUCAUGAGACAGUAGAGACUCUGAACACUUUACUCCAAACACAGUGUACUGUUCCCUUCCAGAAAGGUAGGAACAUAGCCAGUUGGUUAUUCAGAUGUCAGUGUUGACGGUGAUUAACUUGUUAAUUAGACGUUGUCUUGGUAUAGAAUCAAAAGCUGAAGUAUAGUCUAGAAAAGUGCAUUGAACAUACUUCUUACCCUUUCCUAAGUUAAACACUAUAUUGUGAUGCAGAACAGCAAUAGCAUCUAAAGAGCUUCUUUUGCAUCUGUAAACAAACUGAUACGGAUCAAUAUGCUCUUUUAUCGCAGGUUGAAGUGGAAGUAUCAGUAAUUUUCCCUGUGGAUAAAGGGAGCAUCACAUCAAAUGACUGACGUACAAAAGACUUAUUUAAGUCACAAACAUUCAGCUGGUUAUCGCUCCUAAUCUAUCUGUCACCUGUCAGUUUUUUAAAGAGUUUCCACAUACUUGGAGAGUUUUUGCAAGACAAGAGUUUUUGAGUAAACAUACAGUUGAGACGUCUAAUCUCUAGGUUUAUCAGACUACUUAGCUUACGAACUUCAUUAGAGUUCUUCUCCUUGUACAUUCUUUCUUUCAUCCUUCGUAGUCGUUUUAGUUGUGGAGAUGUAAGUCGAUCAAAACUUACAAAAAUGGUUUCAGUGGGACAACAAAUAUCAAAACAGAAUUUAAGGUAACAAGUGAUAACAUCAGUAGUGUUUUCGAGUGAGUCAUCUGUAAAUAAUUCCCAGUUAGUCGUAUGAAACAUGUUUUUCAGAUUUCGGAUAUUUUCUUCUGAGUAAUUCCUAUAUUUGACUUUCUUGGUUUGAUGUAAGAGUGUACUCGCUCCAUGCUUUCCAUAUACUUUAAGUAGAACACGAAUUAUACAGUGAUCCGAGCUAGAAAAUGGAGUACGUUUACGAGUCACAUAUAUACCCACAUCAUUAACGAAAACAAAGUCUAAAUGAGCAUCCAAACGAGUAGGAAAAUCUACUACAUUUUGGUGACCUAGUGACAUAAGGAAGCUACAGUCACAUGAAUUAAAAUCACCACAUACAACUGAAAGUGAAUCACUAAAGGCAGUAACAGAGAGCUCAGUGAAUUCAUCAACGAAAACAGAUGGCGCAGAUGAUGUGCAGUCUGGAGUCGCGUAGAUAUUGUUAACAUAAACAUAUUUGUAUUUAUUCAGAUGUUUUGGACGGCAUCUUAGAGUUAGAAAGUCGAUAAAGUAAUUUGAAAACUUGAAACACGC